AUGGGUGCUUUCGAACUCAACGACGAGAAUCAGCAAUUAGACUCGAAUGGUAUUAGCAGUUUAGGGCUAGACGACCUGCCAUUGGCUUUUGGCAAGAGUGUGCGAAAGUUAUUCCUGCUGGAUGAUGACUACCACAAUCUCAACCAUGGCUCCUUCGGCACUCAUCCCCUCGCCAUCCAACAACGCCGCCAGCACUACCUGAACCUCUACGAGCGCACCCCGGACCCUUUCAUCCGCUACACGUUCCCUGACCUCCUCGACGAGAGCCGCGAGGCCAUCGCCAAGCUCCUCAACGCUCCUUCGGUCGACGAGGUGGUGUUUGUCCCCAAUGCCACCCACGGGGUCAACACGGUCCUGCGCGCCCUGGCCGAGUUCUGGACAGACGACGGGCAGGACGAGAUCCUCUUCUUCAGCACCAUCUACGGCAGCUGCGGCAAGACGGUCAACUACGUCUCGGACUCGACAAGGGGCCUCGUCCACGGCCGCGACGUCCAGCUGACCUACCCCAUCUCGGACGCCGAGAUCGUAGCCCGCUUCCGCGCCGCCCUGGAGGCGUCCCGAGCAGCAGGCCGCCGGCCCCGCAUCGCCAUCAUUGACGCCGUGUCCUCGCUCCCAGGCGUGCCGUUCCCUUACGAGUCUGUGGUGUCCGUCUGCCGCGAGCAGGGCGUCCUCAGCCUGGUCGACGCCGCGCAGGGGGUGGGGCUGAUCCCGCUCGACCUGUGCGCCCUCGACCCAGACUUCCUCGUCAGCAACUGCCACAAGUGGCUGUUUGUCCCGCGCGGCUGUGCCGUCUUUUACGUGGCCCAGAGGAACCAGCAUCUCAUUCGGUCCACGCUGCCGACCUCGCACGGCUAUGUCCCGCGCGAUCCGGCGGCAGCGCGGCCCAAUCCUCUGCCGCCCAGCAGCAAGAGUGCGUUUGUGACCAUGUUUGAGUUUGUGGGCACGCUGGACAACUCGCCGUAUCUGUGUGUCAAGGAUGCGAUUGAGUGGCGCGAGAAGUGGCUGGGCGGAGAGGAGAGGAUCAGGGCGUACCUGUGGAAGCUGGCCUCGGAGGGAGGGGAGCAGGUUGCGAGCUGUCUGGGCACCAAGGUGAUGCAGAACGAGGAGGGCACCUUGACCAAGUGUGGUAUGGUGAAUGUGGCUCUGCCUCUGGUCGCUGAUGUGGAAGAAGCUGGCCCUCCUGCGAACAUCUUGAGCAAGGAGGGCAAGGCCACGGCCGCGUCAGCCAAAAAAGAGGGCGAGACAGUGAUUCCGUACAAGGAUGCUCAGAGGAUCUGGGCAUGGAUGACCAAGGUUCUUGUUGAUGAUUACAAGACUUUCAUCCCGACAUACUAUCACGACGGUCGAUUCUGGGCUCGUCUCAGUGCGCAGGUCUACCUCGAUAUGGAUGACUUUGAAUGGGCUGGCAAGACGCUCAAGGAACUGUGUGGUCGGGUGGCUAAGAAGGAAUAUGACGGAUGA